UUUAAAGAUUUACAGAUAAGGGCAUCGGAGCAGAGUUGACUUGAGUCAAGUUCGAUAGAAAACUUGCAUGUUCAUACGAAAUACACUUUGUUAUAAAUUAAUCACUCGUUACUCGCCAUGUCAGCAUAUAAGUUGAUCUAUUUCGAGUCCCGGGGUGUGGCGGAGCUGGCUCGGCUCGUGUUUAAGCAGGCUGGACAGAAGUUCGAGGAUGUUCGAGUACCGCAGGAUCAGUGGCCAAACGUUAAGGAAGAACAACCGAUGAAGUCACUUCCAGUCCUGGAGAUCGACGGCAGGAAGUACUGCCAGUCUGCAGCCAUCGUCCGGUAUCUGGGAAGGAAGUUUGGUCUGAUGGGGUCUGACGAAGAGGAGGGGCUGGUCAUAGAUGAGCUGCUAGAGAUGUUUUCUGAGAUGAUGAACAAACACAUAGUCAAGAUAUACAUGGAUCAGGACGAUACGAAAAAGAUGGAGCUCCUGAAGGCAUUCAAGGAGGACUCACUUCCUGUCUACAUGAACUUGAUUGAAAAAAGGCUAGAAGAAAACAGAAAGAAAAAUGGUGAAGACGGUUUUUACGUCGGAAGUUCAGUCACAUUAGGGGACCUGACCAUCUACAACUACAUGUUCGCCAUCUGCACAUUCAUGGGCAAUUUUGGUCUUGACCCCCUGGAGGGCCGGGUCGCCAUUUCCGGGCUCGUGACCAAAGUGGAGCAGCCACCUAAUAUAGCAAAGUGGAUCAAGGAACGCCCAGUUACCGAUCACUAGUCUUUGAAUCUACAUUUUUUCAUUUUAUAUGUAGUAUGAUGGGCUUGGCAUCGUAAGCUGUUGUCGGCGGCGUUCGUCGUCGUCAUGAAAACUGAGACCUUAGGUAAUACUCAAAAACCUUUGGAGAUAUGUAAAUGAAAAAAUGGUCAACAUGUUGAUAGAGAAUUAAAGCACUUAUAUAUAGCAAGGCUCAUAACUCAUGCAUUAUGCAUUUCACUAGUUUGACUAAAAACAUCAGACGACUGUUGACGUUCGCUCCGCGGCGAUCUUGUUUAAUCAUUUUAGUGAUAUUGUGUCUGUUUGUUGCAUGUGAUGGUCUCUAUGUAUAAAGAAUAGUGAUAUUUAUAUGAUUUGACCACGAUGGUGACGAUAUAACGACACAUAAUAUUUUAUAUUUAAUAAUUGCGUAUCAAGGACGUCAACGUUAUUUUUCAUAUGAAGGAUUGCGUAUAAUUGAAAUUCGCUAAUGAUUUAAAUUACUAGUAUAACUUUUCGCAGGUUGUAUUCAAGUGAAAUCUACAUGUAAUGAGAACAUGGGAAAAUAAAACUUGUAAAAGUG